CAUAAAUCAAUCUAUCUUUCUUUCUCUUUCUGUAUCCAAAAUUAAAAACUUAUCUAAAUGGCUUCGAUUAGCUUAUUUGAAGCAUCGAUAGUUUUCUUUUCCUUUCUCAUAUUCUAUCUCUUUCUCAUUAAGAAACCUUUUGAUUACAUCCUCAUCAAGAAAACAUUUCAGAGCUACCCUUGGAACUGGCCGGUUCUUGGGAUGUUUCCGGGUUUGCUCGUGAGACUGAACCGGAUCUACGAUGGUGUCGAGGUUCUCGAGAACUACAACAUGACGUUGCCAUUCAAAGGCCCGUGGUUCACUGGUAUGGAUAUAUUAGUCACGGUUGAUCCGGCUAAUAUCCAUCAUAUAAUGACCUCAAGCUACUCCAACUACAUCAAAGGUCCUAACUUCCAAGAAGUUUUCGAGAUCUUCGGAAACGGACUACUCAACUCUGACUCAGAGCGAUGCAAUAAUCUAAGGAAGUGUUAUCAAGCCAUGCUUCAUGAUCAAAGGUUUCAAACGUUUUCUAUUUUCGCCACGAGAAGUAAACUUAAAGACGAACUUCUUCCUCUCUUCGAUCAUUUCGCAGAUGAAGGAACGGUCGUAGACUUUCAAGAUGUGUUCCGGAGAUUCACCUUCGAUACAUCUAUAAUUACAAUUGGUGCGUCUGAUCCUAAAUCUCUCUCAGUACAAAUGGCCAACGAUGAGUUCGUUAAUGCCCUAGAAGAUGUUGAAGUAGCGAUCAUAUAUAGGCACAUGAUGCCAAGAUUCCUAUGGAAGCUGCAAAAGAAGAUGGGAUUAGGACAAGAGAAGAAGUUGAUAGAAGCUGAUGCAGUCUUUGAUCGUUUGUGUGGGAAAUACGUAACUGAUAAGAGAGAUGAAAUACGACAUCAUUCAAACAAUGGAGAUUUUGUGGAUCUCUUAACAUUCUUCAUAAAGUUCGGUCUCUUGGAACCUAUUGAUGAUAAACUCCUUAGAGACGUCAUUGUAGGUUUCAUUUUAGCGGCGAGAGACACGAUUGCGUCUACACUCACUUGGUUCUUCUGGCUUUUGUCUGAAAACCCUAACGUGUUGACCAAGAUUCACCAAGAGCUCCAAGAGAAUCUACCAAGAUCAAGAAACAGUCAAGAGAGAUCACCUUACGAUCUUGCAGAGCUGGAUAAGUUGGUGUAUUUACACGGUGCAUUGUGUGAGUCAAUGAGGCUUUAUCCACCGGUUCCAUUCCAACGCAGGUCAGCAAUCAAACCAGAUGUUCUUCCAAGUGGGCAUAAAGUCGAUGCAAACUCAACGAUCAUGAUUUUUGUUUAUGCGAUGGGGAAGAUGAGAGCCGUUUGGGGUGAAGAUGCAUUGGAGUUCAAGCCAGAGAGGUGGGUUUCCGCGACCGGAGGAAUAAGACAUGAGCCUUCUCACAAGUUCUUUUCGUUUAAUGCUGGACCAAGAGCUUGUCUUGGCAAGAAUAUGGCUAUGACUCAGUUGAAGACAGUAGUUGUUGAGAUAUUACAAAACUAUGACAUUGAAGUCGUAAAGGGACAGAAGAUUGAGCCAUUUUCUGGUCUUAUUCUUCACAUGAAACAUGGGCUUAGAGUCACAUUUAGUAAGAGAUAGAUCAUGGUGUUUCAAGAAUGGUUGAUAAAAUGUAUUUCUGCUUUACUUUUAUGUAUUGCUAAGUGUUUGUGUCUAAUAAAAAGAAAAAAAAAAUGGUGAAACAA